UAUCAAUCCAAAAUCCAAAACAUGAAAUUUAUGAGUAUAAAAUCCGAUUGACAUGGUAAAAGAGGAAAACAAAUUACGUAUAUUCCAUAAUACGGAGUACAAAAAAGAAAGCUCCUAUUAAAACAACCAUAUGUGACCAUUUACAUUGUUGUAAUCAUUAUCAAGUUUGAUUCCUCAUUAGCCUUCCACCAUUAACGUCACCAAUAACAACAGCUACUUAACUACAUUUUGUGGAUUUUCUGGAUUAUCUUUUUCAGAAUUUGACCCCUUGAUUAUCCCAUAUUUCAUUAGUAACCCCACGCUCCAAUCCCACAGGUGUAGAACAAUGAAAGUCCCAAUCCCGCCAAUCAAACCGUACGCAAUGGAGUAAGUCAACGGCAUCAACGCAAAAGUCACAAACGCCGGAAUCGCCUCCCGCAUGUCAUCCCAGUCGAUUUCCGUCACCGCCCUCAUCAUAAACACACCCACCAGUAUCAACGGCGGUCCCACCGCCCACGGCGGGAUCGACGCCAACAGCGGCGUGAAGAAGAAGGCAAGGAGGAAGUACCCCGCCGCAGUCAACGCCGUCAACCCUGUCCGCCCGCCUUCCCUUAUACCCGUGGAAGAUUCCAAGUACGCCGUCACCGGCGAAGUCCCGAGCAAGGACCCGAUUACUGUCGCCGAUGCGUCGGAAAUGAACGCAAAGUACUGGCCCUCAAAAUCGCCGUUUGCGUCUGUGAAGCCGGCGAAACGCGCCAUCGAAUACAUGGUACCGGUGGUGUCGAGUAUAUCGACGUAGAGGAAAGUGACCAGAGCUUCCCAGAAGUGCCCUUUCCCGAUGCUCUUGAAGCUCAGAGCUCCGGCGGUGCUUUUAAUUUUGUGGAUAUCGACGACUUUCUUGAAGUACCGGUAAGCAGAGUCGCCGGUGGGAGUGCUGGGGAAGGCGGUGACUUUUGUGUUACGGAACCACGAAACGGCGGUGACAAAGAUGACGCCGUAAAUCAUAGCGCCCUUUAUCUUUUUGACCAAACAAUAAGCGAUAAUUACAAACCCAACCAUUCCGAGCCAAAACGUCGGGCUCUCCAUACGGCCAUUCAAGCAGAGGAUAUCCCCAGAGACCGCGCCGCCGGGAAUUAAAGAAACGGUACCGUUUGCGUCGGUUGUAACUUGGGCCAACGCCGCACGUGCGGAGCGUGGGCAGGCUCCAAGUGUCACGAGCGUGGAAGUGCUGAGGCUAAUAAGGCCCAGCCCUUGAUUGUUCUGUAGCCCAAUAAAGGCUAAGAAAAGCCCAAUCCCAGCUGAUGAUGAGAUUCUUACAGGUCUGGGAAUCAUCUUCGCGAGCCAGGCGCGUACACCAAACGCGGAAAUCGAAAGGAAUAUCAGCCCUUCGAUGAAAACUGCCGCCAACGCGCUCUGAUACGGCAAGUUGCCAGAGCCGUGGAAGCCCACAACGGUAUACGCGAAAUACGCGUUGGCUCCCAUCCCGGGAGCUAAAGCCAGGGGUAAAUUCGCGAAAAUACCCAUAACCACGCAACCGAUCAACGAUGACGCGACGGUGGCGACGAUCAGAUCCUUCCGCGUCUUCUCGAGACAGGCGGCGUAGCCGGGAUUGACAGGGUUGAAUUUGCAGGAGUCGUCGGGGGGGAUAACUCUGGCGCAUUUGGAGAGGGGAACGGCGGGGUCGGAGCAGAGAGGGACGCAGUCGGAGACGGAACAGGUGCCGCCGGAGUCUGUGAGGAUGGAGGCGUUCACGGCGAGGAUGUAGGCCAUGGUGAGGAAAGUGGCGGUGCCGGCGCGUAGCUCAGUUGUGAAGCUGGUGUUGCGUUCCGUGAGCUUGAAUCGAUUGCCAAUCCGGCCGCUUGCGACGGAGGCGUUGAGGCGACUCACCCAUGAUGUACUAGUUCUGGAAGCCGUAGCUUCCUCCGUACGCGGUGGCGGUGAUGAACUGGCCGCCUCCAAGUCCAUGGAUUUAGUUAAACCAGUAAAUUCAUGCCUGAAAUUAAACCAUCCAUAUCGAUAUCAUAGGGAUGGAGUUGCAACAGAUUCGUUCAGAAUACUUCUUCUAGAUUAACUGAGCGCGGUGGUGACUUUCCCUGUGGAAAAAUCUCCAUGCUUUCAUCGGCAAACCACGACGAGAUGAGCGGCGACUUCAAACUGGGCUGCAGCACAGCUGGAAGAAGAAUAAAUCUGGAUAAAGAAUUGUAUUUAAUUGAAAGAUAAAGUGGGAUUAUUAUUCUCAUAAAAAUGGAAGAGUGGAAGUGUUAUAAGCAAACUAGAAAAAGGAACGGAUUAUUAUAGUGUAGUAUUUGGCAAAU